AUGUCACACGAACGGGCAAAUGAGGUUACCCGCGUGGUUCUGGACGAGUUUUCAAAAUUACCAAAAAAGCGAAAACCCCCAAUCCGCGGCAAUGGCGUGCCUGAAUGGGUUCCGCUCAGUGGGAUAGUAGCCAAGGGGUCUGAUCCAGCAUCGCCCUUUCAGUGCUUAUCUCUUGCAACUGGCAUGAAGUGCCUUCCGGCCAACAAGAUGUCACAAGCUAACGGAGUUAUUCUCCACGACUGGCAUGCCGAGAUACUUGCCAUCAGAGCUUUCAACCAUUUUGUCCUGGAAGAAUGCAGGGCCGUUGCGCUGGGGAAACGGCCAUCCGAGUACAUACGCCCUAGGAGCGAUCUGGAACUCGAGGAGGCUGAAGCUGCAGAGGCACAAGGAAUGGGUUGGAACAGGCAACCGUAUGCGUGGAGGGACGAUGUGAGCCUCUACAUGUACUGCUCAGAAUCACCAUGUGGCGAUGCAUCUAUGGAGCUGAUAAUGGCAGCCCAAGAAGACGCCUCACCGUGGGACUUUUGGGAUCCUCCAGUUUCUGACUCGGCAACAACAACACCACCUUCCCUUUCAUCCCAAGAGCACAUGACAAAGAAACCUACAACUGAAAUCCCUAACCUGCCCGGCCGCGCCUAUUUUUCCCAACUCGGCGUGGUUCGGCGGAAACCUGCCCGCGGCGACGCGCCAAGGACGCUCUCCAAGUCUUGCUCGGACAAAAUCGCCCUGAAGCAGUGUACAUCGCUUCUAUCAUCACUGACCUCGCUGCUCGUCUCCCCCAAGAAUGUCUACCUCCGAAACGUGAUACUGCCAGAGUCGCGAUAUUCCAGCGAGGGAUGUGCACGAGCCUUCUCCGCCACCCUGGGCAUAGGAAGGAUGAGCCCCUUGCUGACGAGUGAUUCGUGGCCCGGCGGAUACGGGUUCCAUCCGUUCGCGGUCGAGACGACCAAGAAGGAGUUUGAAUACUCCAAACGGACGGUCACGGCGCGGGCAGAGGCCGCAGGCAUCUCCACCACGGGGGACAACAUCGCGUCAAGCCCGCUCGCCGUGACGUGGUCGCGCAACGGACUCGAGGAGAGCACUAUUAAUGGAGUGCUCCAGGGCCGAAAGCAGCUGGAUAGGCGCGGGGGCAGUAAGCUCUGUAGGCUGAGGAUGUGGGGUCUCGCGCUCGAGGUUUCUGUGCUGGUCGGAGCGGGCGGUGCCCUCGCCGUGCAGAAGCUCCUGGGCAGCGGCACAUAUGCCGAGGUUAAAAAAGGAGAUUUGCUGACGCCUAGGAGGCUGGUCAAGACCCGUGCUAGGGAAGAGGCCUUGAGGGGAUGGGUGCCAAACGUUGGAGACGACACAUUCGGAUCCGCGAUAGAAAAGCCAAAACCCAAGAUACCACGAAUACCUACAUCGUAG